AUGGACACGUUCAACACAGACGUGGACUAUAGCGAAAGUCGGGCCGCACAGAUAAAUGUCGUCGGGUGGAUUUUUACGGGCGUUGCAAUCGUGGCAGUAUCUUUGAAGGUCUUCAGCCGCAUGGAGAGUAAGCGGGCUGGGUGGGACGACGCUCUCAUUUUCUUCUCCCUGGGCCUAAGCAUCAUCGCCACGACUUUCGUCUCAUAUUCAGUCACUCUUGGUCUUGGGCGACACACGGCUGCGGUCAUUGCGGAGCAUGGCAUGGAACGAUACGUAAAAACAGCUUUCUGGCAGAUCAUGGGGUUUCCUUUCAAUAUUGGUGCUUUCAGUUUCCCAAACAUCUCGAUCGCGAUCCUGAUCGUUCAUCUCCUUGACCCCAACCCCCUUCGCACCCGACUCCUUUACGCUAUGGUCACCGUGCAAGUUACGCUGGCUAUGAUAUCCGUUUUCCUCGUAUUCUUCCAGUGCAACCCCCCAGCAAUGCUGUGGGACCACUCCCUCAAGGGGACAUGUUGGAGCCCGGAUGUGUUCGAUGACUUCUCGUAUUUGGUGAGCGCAUAUACAACAGUGACGGAUAUCGUGUUAGCCAUUAUACCAAUUCGUGCGCUUUGGAAGCUGCAGAUGCGGACUUCGACCAAAGUGGGGGUCUGCAUCAUGAUGGGAUUGACAAUGCUUUCGGCGAUCGUCACUAUCGUCAAAUCAACAUAUCUGCACUUGUUCACGGACCAGGUUGACCCUCUUUUCAACGUGGUACCAUUGGUUCUCUGGGGCCUUGUUGAACAGAACGUUGUCAUUGUCGCUGCCUGUAUCCCGACACUCCGCCCAUUCUUUCGCAAAACGUUCAAAUUGUCCAAGGGCUCUUCUGGCGCGAACACCUCGCGGAGUCGGUCCGGUGCAGCUCUCAAGCUUGCAUCGACCCUUUCGAACCCCCAGAAUCCCUUUACGUCUUCCGAUCUACCUUUGAAGAACAUGAUAGGGGAUGUAGAUGGCGACGAGGCGAGUAAUAGCAGCCGGCAAGGCAUAUGGCGUACAACGGAGGUUAGGGUGGAAUAA